AUGAAGUCCACAGUCAGCGAGCGCACGGCGCAGCCCGACGGCUUCAACUCCGACCUGGACGACCUGGACAGCGGCAGCUACAGCUCCGACGGGAAGUCCACCGGCGGCUGCAGUCCCCGCAUGCAGCCCGAUGUGACGGGGGAGGAGGCCGCGGCUGGAGGUGGCUCCAGAGCCGGUGCGCCGAGACGGAGGAGAAGGCGGAGGCGCAGCAGCGACGGAGGCGGUACAGACGCGCGUCUCUAUGGCGUGAGCCAACAGCGGCAGGCGGCGAACGCGCGGGAGCGGGACCGGACGCACAGCGUGAACACGGCCUUCACGGCGCUCCGCACGCUCAUCCCAACCGAGCCCGCCGACAGGAAGCUCUCCAAGAUAGAAACACUGCGUCUAGCCUCCAGCUACAUCUCCCACCUGGCCAACGUGCUGCUGCUGGGGGAGGACUGCCGGGACGGACAGCCCUGCCUCCGCUACCAAAGCAUCCUGCACGGCCCCGCAGCGCUCAGCGCCGCGUCCCUGCGGCCCAUCUGCACUUUCUGCCUCAGCAACCAGAGGAAACUGCUCAGAGAUGGAGGGAAGCACUCAGCUGCUGUGUGAAGCAAAGCGGCUCCGGACAGACGAGGAGUCCACUCGAUGUUGUUUACAUGCAGACACGUGGCGUAAAAAAACAACAACAAAAAAAACCAAAAAACAC